ACAGUGCACUUCGUUUGCUCACUGGAAUACCUUGUCAGCCACAUCAACAUGCAUAUUACGGUCACCUGCCUGCUGGCUCUGGUAGCAGCCGCUUCGGCGAUUCCGCCCGCGACGCUGUCAUACGUUCCCAUAUCCACCAUCGAAAAAAUCCCGAACCCCAACUACGGAUUCAACUAUGCGGUAAACGACCCGUCAACGGGCGACAACAAGGCACAGUGGGAGACACGAAACGGUGACGUCGUACGAGGAGCAUACUCCCUGGUGGAACCGGACGGCAACGUACGAGUAGUAGAGUACACUGCCGACUCUCUGACAGGAUUCAACGCCAUCGUCAAACGUACUGGACCCAAUGUACACUCUGUGUCGUUAGCUACACCCAUAGUGGCUAAACCAAUCGUUGAGACCAUAGCCCCGAUCUCACCCUAUCGGCCCCUAGUGCCAAUCGCACCUAUCGUUGAAGCAGCUCCCGUCGCUGAAAUCACCCCUGUUGCCGAGGUUCACCACCAGCCCAUUAUAACCCCGAUAAUCGACACUCCGCCAGUGAUCGCUCCCGUGCCCACCCUGGACAUCCUGCCGAUCUACCCGCUGCCGCCGGCCGGCCCGUGGGUGCACCUGUCCGGCACGUCGUACGGCCACAAGGGCAACAUCGUCCGCCGCUGGGCGGCCGGACCUAUCUCACUAGAUGGCAAGACGCUCACCAUCAGAACCAAGCACCAUUAACCUAAUUUAAGUUUCAAAUGUAAAUAAUUCUAUAACUAACUUCUCCGUGUAUAGGUAACCUAUUUAGUUACUCACGGCGCUAGUGUGUUCUUGCAUUUGAAAUUUUCGUGCAAAAAUACACAUAGGUCAUAUUAGAAGUUAAGUUUGAGCGGUAUAAUCCAAAGCAACGAAGUGUACCUGAAUAAAUAAAUACUUU